CAAUCACAAAAUGCAGAUCUUUGUGUUGAUCCUUGGGACUGUGCUGCUUUCAAAAGCAGCCUGUGCACUGAAAUGUUACCAGUGUUACAACUCUGGAAGCUGCACUCAGACAACAGAAUGCCCUUCCAGUAAUCAGUGUGGUUCAUUCACACUGACUUCAUAUGCAGGUGGUUCAAGUUCUUCUAAUGUUAAAAUAAAAUCUUGUGCUACGGCUGAAAACUGUGUCAAUGGCUCAUUCAACUUUGGAAUUGUUGAAACUGUACUUACCAGCAGUUGUUGCAGCUCUGAUCUUUGCAACUCUCAAGAUGCCCCUGAUGGUAGCAUAUCCUCUCCAAAUGGGAAAAAGUGCUUCACAUGUGACGGACAAGUUUGCACCAAAACUCUAAACUGCAGUAGAAAUGAAGACUACUGCAUCUCAACAAAGGUGACUGCAGCAGGGCAAACGGUGACUUUAAAGGGCUGCGCCUCCAAGGUAAUUUGCUCAAAAACGCAAUCUGUACAGAUUGCAGGAAUCAUUGGAGCAGAAAUCAGUUGCUGCCAGGGUGACCUCUGCAACAGGGCCAGCAGUACAACUGCCAGCAUUCUGCUCUCAGUGGCACCACUGAUCUCUCUGAUCUGGAUCUCUUAGCUGAUGGAAACAACAGCAUCGCAGCCCAGUUUUUCUUCUCAUCUUCACAAUGCUUCCAUUAUAGCCACAGA